AUGGGACUCGUAAAAGAUUGGUUUAUAGAUAUCCAGGAGAGUGAGGCUAACAUCAGAACAGAUGUACUUGAACUCAAGGAUGAUUAUACUAGAUGGAGGGAUGAGGAGAAGACUAAAAGAAAUAGCAAUUAUAAAAAAACCAUCAUCAAUAAGAUUGCUCAACUCAUUUGCCAUGGCAAAUCCGAUAUCCAUGACCCAUACGAAGCCUUUGAUAUUCUCGAAACAGACUAUCAAUCAGAGAGUUGCACCAAUUGUAUCCAAAGAAAGGGUCGUGUAUUGUUUGGUACAGCUUCAGGAUAUGGCGAGUUGAUCAACGAUGAAUACCAUUUAUACGACAACAAUAACAAAUGGCCUUUCAACGAACAUUGUAUUCAUUGUCAACAGUAUGUCGAAGUUUACCCCAAGGUUCGUCACCUCAAGGACCACAUCAAACAGAAACCAGAGGAUGAGAGCAAUAUAAUGAGCACUUGCAGGAAAUGGUUUGCUGGAUUCUAUCAAUUAUAUGGAGCAGCAGGAUCAACUGGCAUUUUCUUCAACUAUCUCAUGAUUGAUACUAGGCAACCGUUGGAUACCAUUGACAAGUUUACUGGCGCCAUCUUCUAUGUAGGCAAGGGCAAAAACSGGACGUCAUUUGGAACAUUUGCAGGAGGCCAGAGAAGAGAAGACAAACCUCAGCGAUAA